AUGUCGAAGCAUCAUUACCGCGCCAUCCGCAGCUUCCUGCCCACGGCAACGGCGGUCGGAAAGCGUCUCUUGCGCCAGACCUCCCAGGAGAUCGUCCUGGGUGGCAGCAUCGGCAUUCCUCUGCCAGAAACCUCCUCGCUCGUGCCACGUAUUAAUACUAUAACGCAGUCAUCUCUCGGCGCGCUUCACCCCAACGGCCCCGCGAUUUCCGCCACGUCGUCCGCCGUGUCCGCAUCAUCCGGCGCGCCUCUCGCAGCAUUGUCCUCAGCGGAAUCAAAUUCCCGGAGCAACUACGAUUACUCAUGCUCCCCGUCUCUUCCCGUCUCAUCUUACUCUCCUACCCGUGCCGCCGCCAAUGGAACCACCAUCGGCGAUCAACCCCGAUCCUCCGAGCCGCCCAUGCCUGCCGUCCUUCCUGUCUUCGGCGUUGCUCGCCGAUAUUUCUCAGGCCCCUCACCCCUCUCCAAAGGAAUUCCCGGCUCCUGGUCCAAUUCUGGACCCGCAUUUCCAGUAAAAUGCGCAUUUCCCGCCGCUUUUCCCGCGGCUGUUUCCGCCGCGGACGCCGCCCCGCAACGCGGGGUGCUGCUCCGUAGUGGUUCGAGCUCUGCCACGUGCGGCGAUUUGAAUGGCGGGUUUCUGCAGCAUGAUUGGAUGCAACGAGCCGCGUGGUUGGCCACAGCGGGGGAUGCGGACAAUGGCGCUGAUGAUGCAGCUGCUGCUGACGUGGCGGAACGUGACUACAGCGGGCAGAGGGACGAUGAGAUUGGCGACGGGGAGAAAUGCACGGCGACUGCCGACGGCGACAGCGCUCUUGACGUGCCGAAUCGAACGACCAAUGCCGCUGGGUGGUUGGAUGACAGAGAUUGCAUGGCGGCAGAAUCAUGGGUGAACGACAGCCGUAGAUCGCUGGACGAGGUGUGGAUGGACAGCGCGCGAUCUCGCAUCCGCGACGCGGCGUUGCAGCUGGUGGAGGCUCAGCAAGCGGCGCUGGAGCACAGCAGAGUAGCGUCGGCCAUGGAAGCCACCAUGCUGGAGAGGCAGAAGAGCCUGGGGAGGCAGACGAGCCUGGGGAGGAGCCCUGGGGGAAGCGGGAAAGGCGAGAAAGUGAGAAAGAGUGUGCUCUCCUGGUUGCCUCCAACCAAUGACGUGGAAGGUGCUCUCGCAGCUCGCUCCGCUCGUGUGCCUUCUGUCACCACCACCGCCUCCACAGCGAUGCUCAGUGCCUUUACUGAGGCUUCGCAUUUUUCCACUCCUCCCUCCCCUCGUGCCCUCGCCCCCUCCCCCGGAAUUCUCCUUCCCGCCAACUAUUGGCAGCGGCGCGCAGUGACGUGUCAAGCCGUGGUCGUGGCUGCCGCUGACGGACGGCGCACCUGCCCCGCCCCGCCUGCGAUUCUUGAGGCGCCUAAAAAACCCUUCCCGCCAGCCAGCUAUUGGCAGCGGCGCGCAGUGGUGUGCGAAGCCGUGGUCGUGGCUGCCGCUGACGGCGCACCUACCCUGCCUGUGUGUGAGUUGCCUGCGAUGCUUCUGAAAAGCAAGGCUUCUUUCGUCUUUCCUUUCGUCUCUUCGUCUUCCAAGUUCCACCCCGCUUUUGUUACAGCAUUUCGAUUCCUCCAUCACGUAUCAACUCGACUCAAAGCGCGCCUCGAUCCGUUGUCCAUGCGAUACCAAUCCCGUGGCCCUCUCCGUGUGAGCAGUCGGCAAGGGCAACACCCAAUUUCCCCUCCUCUUUCCAUGUGUUUCCCCCCUCUCCCCUGCGUUUCCCCCUCUCCCUUUCGUUUCCCCCCAUCUUCCAUGCGUUUCCCCCUCUCUUCCAUUCAUUUCCCUUCCUCCUCCCUACGUUUUCUCCCUCUCCCCUUCGUUUCCCCCUCUCUUCCAUGCGUUCCCCCCUCUCCCCUGCGUUUCCCCUUUUCUCCCCUAUGUUUCCCCCUUUCUCCCCUGUGUUUCCCCCUUUCUCCCCUGUGUUUCCCCCUUUCUCCCCUGCGUUUCCCCCUGCGGUUCCCCCCUGACCCCUGCCUUUCCCCCUCUCCCCCCUGCGUUCCCCCCUUCUCCCUUGUGUUUCCCCCCUCCCCUGCGUUUCUCCCCUCUUCCCUGCGUUUCCCCCCUCUUCCCUGCGUCCCCCCCCCUCUUCCCUGCGCUUCCCCCCGUCUGCAUUUCCACCCCACGGUUUCCCCCUCUUCCCUGCGUUUCCCCUCCUCUUCCUUGCGUUCCCCCCCACUUCCCUGCGUUUUCCUCACUCUUCCAUGCGUGCCCCCCCUCUCUUCCCUGCGUUUUCCCCCCUCCUUUCCCCGCUCUCCCUCUCCCCCUUUCCCCAUUCCUCCACCACGCCUCCUUGCACACUUCCGCUGCGCCCACUCCUCCCUCCCCCACUUCCCCCACGCCCACUCCCCUGCUCCCGCUCCCCCCUCUCCGGCUCUCCGAUCUCCCGCUUCCCCCUCUCCCACUCUCCCCUCCCCCACUCCCCUCCUUCACACUCCCCUCUCGCGAAUUCCCACCUCGCGCACGCCCCCCGCCAGUUCAAGGCAGUGGACCAUCCGCCCUUCUUCACCAGUCUGGACUACAUCUACCAGGCCAGAGGCGAGGUGA